GGCCCCAACAGAUCUAAUCAGUGUCCCUUGAAAGCAUUGGAAGGAAUGCGGGUGGAGUUAACACAAUACAUGCUCCGGUCCUCUCCCUGCAGAGGUUGUGUCCCCGCAACACCCUUGCCCCAACCCUGUUCAAGGCAAAGCUGUUCCUUUCACACAACCAGCUCUCCAAGACUCACCCUCGGCUGUGAACUCUCAUCAGUGUCAGUUCACGCAAGGCAGAGUGGCCUCCUUGUCCCUACUGGGUUAGAAUCCCGCCGGGUGGGAUCCUGAUUCUGCCCCAUCUGAUUAAGAGCAGGGAUGGGAGACCACCAGGAAAUGACUCCGAUUGGGAAGUUGAAAGUUAUCCUGGAAAAACAGGAGAGCAAACCAUGGUUAUAUUGCUAGCGAGGAAGCUAGCUGGAUCUGCCGUUGGCAAGAAUCCCGGUCUCUUCCUUUCCGCUCCAGUUAGUGUCCAACACUUGGCCAUACUUACACGGUAGAAAAUUAAUAUUUUAAAUUGUUUUGCACAGAGCUUGGACAAAGAAUGGGGGCGUCUUUCUGCUUCCCGAAUGGCCUGUUUGUCAUUUAACGCCGCAUUUUCUCUAACUUGGGCACGUGAAGAUGGAUGGACUUCAACUCCCAGAAUCCCCAUUGGUGGGGAAUUCUGGGAGCUGAACUCCCACCCAUCUUCAAGGGCCCAAGUUGGAGAAACACUUUUAACAGCUGGAUUACAUCACUGCAGUUUUGCGAUUUCUCCAGCUUGCAACGCCGCCGAUGCUCUUCCCCUCCCGCAGGAUUUCAAGAGGAGAAUUUUGGGGUGGGAUCUGGGUGUGCACAAUCACAACUGCUGUUGUGCAGCAAGGAUGGUCCCUAAACUGACUUCAACACCCGCCUGAUGAGAGCUGUGUGCAGCUGUGCCUCGCCCCGAAGCCAGAUGAACGCGGUUCAAACCAAGCCCAAAAAAGGCUCGGCCGAUUAAUCUCUUGUAAACAAUGUUGGAUUGUACACACACCCUGCAAAUCGGACAGGGGGGAUGUUGGUUUGCACCUUGCCUGUGCUUGCUUUAGUUCCCUCCGGUCUGCUUGGGGGUGCUUGGUGGAGGGUCCCAAAAAGUUUCUUGUGUUGAAGUGGCUUUUUGUUUUAUUUUGGGGGGGGAUCCUCGACCCCAGCUGUGAGAUGACUGGGCAUCCUUCAAACAUCAGCUUUCUCCAGCUGCGUUGCCACCCUCCAGUUUUCAGCCUUGCGGGGAUGCAAAGGUGCUGAUCUUGAAACCGCUGCAUGGGGUGUUCGGGAUCGACAUGGCCCAACGGCAUUCAACCGCCUUUCCAGGGGACCAAGGUUCCCUCCUGGACCAUCAACCCAUCAGCAACAACGGCUUGUCUCCAGGUGGGAAACGCACCUCUGUGACCUCGUUGGAGGAUGCCGGCCCCCCGCCCAAGCCCUCUCCCCCGCUCUCCAUUCCGCGGUUGGUCGUCCUGAGCACGGAGAGCCCGGCGGCCCUCAAGGUGGGCACCCAGCAGCUCAUCCCCAGGAACUUAGCCGAAGACCCCAAGUGCAAGCUUCCCGCCCGCCCCCAGAGCUUCUCCGAUGGAGUGGUGGGGGGCAGAGAGGGGGCCCGCUGCGACCCCAAGCGCCUGUCGGCACCCAGCCUUUCCCUGGAGGACGAGUUGGACGCAGGCGAGGGGACACUGAAGCGCAACCUCCGCAGCAUGUCCUACCGGGCAGCCAUGAAGGACCUGCAGAACGGGGCAGGAGCCGAGCCGGUCAGGGCCCCGGGGGGUCUCAAGCCGGUGCUGGAAGACGCCAAGCCCCCCCCUAGCCAGGCCCCGGCCAGGAACAAGCGGACUCUGGGGCGCAAGCGUCUGCAGCACCACGGCGGUUCGUUCAAAGACGACCCCCGUUUGUAUCAAGAGAUCCGAGAAAAAGGCCUCAACUCCAUCAACCACGAGUCGGACGAUGACCUCCUCGACCUGGACGCCAUUCCUGAAGAACAUCCGCCUGCCAUCGUGGUGAAAAACUACCGUCCUGCUCACGCCACCUGGAGCCAACAGCCCGAGGUCCUGGAAAGCGGCAUCUUGGACUGGAUAACCCCAGAAGAACGUAAGAGGCAAGAGGCCAUCUUUGAGAUCAUCACCUCCGAGUAUUCCUACCUCCAUAGCCUCACCAUCCUGGUGGAGCAUUUUCUGAAAUCGGCCAGCCUGCGCGAGACCAUGACCCAGACCGAGCACCAUCACCUCUUCUCCAAUGUGGGGGACAUAUUGGCGGUCAGCAAGAGCUUUUUUGAGGACUUGGAGAAGAGGCACAGAGAGUGCGUGGUGAUUUCCAACAUCAGCAAUGUAGUGGAAGCGCACGCCUCCGGACACUUUCACCCCUACAUCAUCUACUGCUCCAACGAGGUCUACCAGCAGAGGACCCUCCAGAAGCUCUUAGCCACCAACGCCGCCUUUAAGGAGUCGUUAAAGCAAAUUGAACGGAUGCCGGAAUGCGGCGGCCUGCCCUUGUUUUCGUUCCUCAUCCUCCCCAUGCAGAGAGUGACCCGCCUGCCUCUCCUCAUGGAUACCGUUUGUCAAAAGACCUCGGUGAAGAGCACCGCGUACCGAGCCACCACCCAAGCUUUGAAGGCCCUCAGCAAGCUGGUGAAGAGGUGCAACGAGGGAGCCCACACCAUGGAAAGGACCGAACAGAUGUGUAGUUUGCAGAACCAGCUAUAUUUUGGAAAAGCCAAGAAUUUCCCCUUGAUCUCAACUUCUCGGUGGCUGUUGAAAAGGGGGGAGGUCUCUCUCCCCCCGACAGAAGAUGGGGGGAUUUUUCGGAAAGGGUCUGGGCGAGGAAGCUGCUACCUCUUUGUCUUCAAUGAUGUCCUGAUCAUCACCAAGAAAAAAAGCGAGGAGAGCUACUCCGUCCUUAACUACUCCAUGUUGGAACAUCUCUCGGUUGAGAAGAUCGAAACCCCAGACAGUCCGACCGGCCUCGGCCGCAGCGGCUACCUCUUCCGCCUCACUUUGCAAAAGGACAGUGAAGGCAAGUCGGAGGAGGUCAUCCUGGCCGCAGAAUCACGAAGCGACAGGGCCCGAUGGAUCAGCGCGUUGAUGCACCGAGAAGAAAAAGAAACCAGCACAGCAGAGAAAGGAGCACUCCAACAGGUAGAGAUCACCAGAGCUUAUCUGGCUAAGCAGGCGGACGAGAUUUCGCUCCAUCAGACCGACGUGGUCCUUGUCUUGAACAGCGAAGAGGGCUGGUAUUUGGGGGAGCGCCUGCGGGACGGAGAGAAGGGCUGGUUCCCGCGAGCCUGCGCUCAGGAAAUCACCAACCGCGACGCCGUCGAACGCAACGUCCAGCGCAUGGAACGGCUGCGCAUCGAGACCGACGUGUGAGAGGUCGGAGCGGGUCACGCCUUGAUCCCGGCGGAUGCCGAGGGAAUCGGAAGGUAUUUCAAGGGCCCAGGGGACUGCCAAGCCAGAGGCUGGACCACGUCUCUUCCUCCUGGACCGAACAAGGACUCCAUUUUUGUUUUUUAAUAAACUGGAUUGUAGGAGAACCACUGCCUUAAAAUCCACUUUUAACUCUUCCUGCCAAGAGCAGCACUUCAGAACGGGUGCUGCACCCUAAAAAAAGAGGUCGGCAACUGGCAGCCGUCGGAGAAAGCCUACCCUUUAUAUAUAUAUAUUUUUCUUUUAAACCACAGAACAAGACUCACUUUUAUGGCAAUUUUUUAAGGCUCAUCCUAUCUUAAAUCUGCUCCCUUUUCCCCAUCAUUCCCCAGGGCUCCCUUUUUAGUUAAUAUUCCCAAGAAGCUUCUGUACUAAGAGCCCCACCGUUUAAUCCUGUACAUAAUAAUAAUGUUUUUCCUCCGUAAACUGUUCAAAGAUUUCUACGACACUGUGACUGAUUCCCUUUCUCUUGUCUACACCACAGCCCGAUCCUAUGGGACCAUUGGGUGAGCUGUAUACGAUUUUACAAAAUGAUAUUCUUUGAAUAAAACUAAGUAGGGUUGGUUUUUUUUUCA